AAAGCCCCAAACAACUGCUCUUUCUGCCAUGAGGCAGAGCAGCUGGGGCAAGAGAUCAGAAAACUGCAGGAGGAGCUGGAGGGAAUUCAGAAGAUGCUUCUGGCUCAGGAGGUCCAGCUGGACCAGACCUCCCACACCCAUGAACUGCUCUCCACCACCAGCAGUCAAAUUUCCCAGGAGAUGGGCAGUUGUUCCUUCUCCAUCCAUCAGGUCAACCAGUCUCUGGGGCUCUUCCUGGCCCAAAUGAGAGGCUGGCAAGCCACCACAGCCGGCCUGGACCUCUCUCUGAAGGACCUCACCCAGGAGUGUUACGACGUCAAGGCUGCUGUGCACCAGAUCAACUUCACCGUGGGGCAGACUUCGGACUGGAUCCAUGGGAUCCGGCGGAAGACGGAUGAGGAGACCCUGACCCUCCAGAAGAUGGUCACCGACUGGCAGAACUACACGCGGCUCUUCAGCAGCCUGCGCACCACCUCGGCCAAGACCGGAGAAGCGGUCAAGAACAUCCAGGCCACCCUGGGGGCGUCGUCCCAGCGCAUCAGCCAGAAUUCCGAGAGCAUGCACGACCUGGUGCUGCAGGUCAUGAGCUUGCAGCUGCAGCUGGAUAACAUCUCGUCCUUCCUGGACGACCACGAGGAGAACAUGCACGACCUGCAGUACCACACGCGCUAUGCCCAGAACCGCACAGUGGAGAGGUUCGAGACACUAGAAGGACGCAUGGCGUCCCACGAGAUCGAGAUCGGCACCAUCUUCACCAACAUCAACGCCACCGACAGCCACGUGCACAGCAUGCUCAAGUACCUGGACGACGUGCGGCUCUCCUGCACGCUGGGCUUCCACACCCANGCUGAGGCUGUGCUCAACGGCUGUCUGCAAAGCUGCCUCCCUUGCGCUGCCGGAGGUCCCACUCCCAUCCUGGGCUGAUGACUUUGUGGCGACUGGGGGAGGGCUGACCCUGGGAGCAGGGCAGCUCUCCUCUCCUGCAUCAGCCCUCCCCCUGCCCACCCCCACAUCCCUUGUCCCCCUCACUGAGACCCAGAGGCCUCUCUACACAAGGCAGCAUGACCAGAUAAGGCAGGGAGGUGGUGGGGGAGGACGGGCCACAUCCACAAGAGGCUGUCUUUGAUGUCACCUCUCACCCACCUCCAAAGUCUUGCAUACACUGGCAGAGAGGCGCCCUGGGGCGUCCCCAGCAGGGCGAACUCACAGGGAGGCCUUCCUUACUUUGUAUUCUAACAGAAAACCACCACCCCUAGGGUGGGGGCUGGGAGCUGUUCCCUCCGCAACCCGACCCAGAGACUGGCCCCUUCCCCCUUCCAGAAGCCUUACUGACCUCCUCUUCUUGUAAUACAUGCGCAACUGGCUUGCACUCCCGACACCCCCAAUGCCAUGUAACCCUCCUGUCUACAUACGAUAUCCUGUCACAUAGUAUCACUGACUCAGUAAAGAGCUGUUUCCA